CAGCCUUCAGGACCACUUCCUGAAACCAGCCGUCCAUAUAUAGCUGCUAAAAUCCGAGAAGCAAGAGAGAGAGCCGAAGAAACGACUCCACGGCGUCAUCUUCAUCUUACUGGCGAGAAUCAUGAGGUACGGAACUCUGUUGGUGCUGGUCGCCAUGGCGAUGGCCGUGUCUGCCCAUGAUUGGUCCCUGGACUCAGAGUGGGAGGAGUGGAAGCAGACCUAUAGGAAGCAGUACAAUGGCAUGAAUGAAGAAGGGAUCCGCCGCUCCGUCUGGGAGAAGAACAUGAAGCUGAUCGCAGCCCACAACCAGGAAUACGAGCUGGGAAUGCACUCCUACGAACUGGGAAUGAACCAGCUGGGAGACAUGACCACAGAGGAGGUGGCAGAGAAGAUGACUGGCCUCCAGGUGCCGCUCUCCAGAGACCCUGCCAACACCUUCACCCCCGACCCCAACCUGGAGCUCCCCAAGUCAGUGGAUUACAGAAAGAAGGGCUACGUCACUCCAGUGCGCAACCAGGGUUCCUGUGGCUCCUGCUGGGCGUUCAGCUCCGCGGGGGCCCUUGAGGGCCAGCUCAAGAAGACCACAGGUCAGCUGGUCUCACUCAGCCCGCAGAACCUGGUGGACUGUACCACCGACAACGAUGGCUGCGGGGGUGGCUACAUGACCAACGCAUUCAAAUACGUCCAGGAGAAUGGCGGCAUCGAUUCAGAGGAGGCGUACCCCUACACCGGACAGCAGGGGGAGUGCAUCUACAACAAGACCGGCCAGGCCGCCACGUGCAAAGGCUUCAAGGAGAUCCCAGUGGGCAGCGAGUGGGCGCUGCAGUCAGCUGUGGCCAAGGUGGGGCCUGUGUCCGUGGGCAUCGAUGCCACACUCAGCUCCUUCCAGUUCUACAAGAGAGGCAUCUACUACGACCCCGCUUGCAACAAAGAUGACAUCAACCACGCUGUCCUGGCUGUGGGGUACGGAUCUUACAAAGGGAAGAAGUACUGGAUUGUGAAGAACAGCUGGAGUGAAGACUGGGGGAACAAAGGUUACAUCCUGAUGGCAAGAAACCGGAAUAACAUGUGCGGCAUCGCGAACCUGGCCAGCUACCCCAUUAUGUGAAGAGGGAGAGGAGAGGAGAGGAGAGGGAGAGGAGAGGAGGAGAGGAGAG